AUGAGGCGCAACGGCGCCCCGGCUGCGCGCGCGGACUCGCCGCUGGAGUGGGACGCGUUCGGCGACGGGCACGCGCCCGUGUCGGACAUGCUGCGCGGCGCGCUCACCACCACGGACCGGGCGUUGAGGGCUGCGUCGCGCUCGGUGCUGCAGCUGGUGGCGGGGACCGGGCGGGCGCGCGUGGACCUGCCGCGCGAGAGCGUCGGUGGGCGCGCGGAGGCGCGCGGUCGCGCGCUUGCGCAGGCGCAGGACGUGACGGUGCAGGGCACGAAGUGCGAGCUGAAGGGCGACGCGAGCAAAGGCAACGAACAGUGCAUGCUCGGGAGGGCGUACGCCUUCGACCAGGCGAGACAGAACGCUCCCACGUCGGUCACUGGCACCUCUUCCAUCGGCCUGGCAAAAUUGGUCGAGUAUUGCUCUCGCCAGCAAACGGAGGCGGCGUGCAACGCGCUCGAGACCACGCGGGUGUGCAAGUGGAUGGCCACGGAUCUCGCCAACGGCGUAAACACCGCGGGCCGGGUGCAAGCCUCGGCCAGCACGAACUCCUACGGCGUGGAUGCCGACGCCGAGAUCGACAAGGUCGUCAGCGAGGCGCUGCAGGAGAUCAACGAUGUGGACCGGGCGACCGGCACGGCCGCGCACACGAAGUGCGUGCCGCAUCCGGAGGCCGUGAGCGACGUGGCGCUGUGCCCCGAGUCGUUCAUGGCUGCCCUGGCGACGACCGCGGCCCCCCUCUGGGAUUUCGUAUAUCGCGGCUACAACGGCAUGCGCGAGGAGGACAAGGACUCUGUCUUCGGUACGUGUCCGACCGGCCGGACGCUGUGGAGCGAGGUCGACCGCCUGGCCAAGUGCAGCGGCUUCAGCGACCAGGCGUCGUGCAACGGCUCUCCUGCGUGCACGUGGGCGACCAGCUCCGAGUACCCGUCCGGGGUGUGCUUCAUGGACGCAUCGAAGGCGCGGUCGACGGGCGCAAUGGCCGACGAUGAGUGGUUGGCGCUGUCAGCAAACGACGCGACGUGUGGCAGCCUGACGGGCAACACGUGCGAGGAAAACACGGUGACGAUCGCGAUCGACCCUUCAAGCGUCCUGGAUCUGUCGUCGACGACGUACGCGGGCGAGGCGGGCGCCGCUAACGCACCUCCUACGUCGCUGUCGGGAGUGAAGACGGUCUCGGUGCGCCGGUGCCUGGCGGCGGACGGCUCCCCUGCGCCGACGCCUUUCGCGGCGUCGGUCGCGGGCGUGGACAGUGCGAUCUUCUACGACGGCGCGGGGUGCGUGCCGAACCCGCUGGCGCUCCUCGGGAGCACCGUGAUGCCCAACACGGACUACGGGAACAGGGUGCGGCGCAUGGUGGCGGCGUCGCUGUUCUGCGCGGAGGCGUCGACGACGGAGUGCAGCGCGCACCCGCUGUGCCGGGCGGACGGGCGGCCGGUGACCUACGCGGAGCGCCAGGAGCGAAGGAGUUCAAGGUACUUCCGCGGGCUGAAGCACUACGCGUCCUUCAGCGCCAGGUUUGCGUUUGAGAGCGAGCCCCUGCCGGCAGUCCUGGAACAGCUCCGUGUCCGUGUUGCGGACUUCAUCAACGCCCAGUGGUCGUCGUGCUCGAAGACGGACCUCUACGAGCCGGUCAUCACGGCGGCGGUGCCGACGAGCACGACGGCUGAAGUCAACACGUACGACUCUUCGACAUUCAGUUCAACUCGAACGGACGUGCCCGUCCCGCGAUACUUCGUCGUGUGGUUCAAGAUGGCGGUCAACGUGACGGGCUCGUCCCACGACCUAGCCACGCCAGCCCCGGGGAGCAACGACCGCCGCAGCGGGACGGGCUUCUGUCAACAGCGGAGCAGCUCGGGCGAUACAACAGUGGAGUGCUAUGACACCUCGAAGUACAAUUCUGUUCCAUACGUGUACUGUCGCGCACGCAUGACUUCUGAUGACGAGGAACAGCUCGAGGAACAGCUGGAGCAACUUGUGGAACAACUUGGGCUGGCGGUGUUCGAUGUGGACGCGUCGAUGAGCGAGGAAUACGACAGCCUCCCCGAGGUCGACUUCUUCAACAGUGUCGUCGAGAACGAGAACCCCAUGUGCGAGCCUGCUCCCGCCACGAUCGCGUCGCUCAUGACGUGCGAGGGAUCGACGCUGUCCGUCUUGGCGCAGUUUUAUCGCGCUUUUCAAGCCAUGAAUACCACUCCUCUUCAGCUGAAGCAGGGCGUCGGGAACAGCGUCGGAAUUCUGACUUCCAACUUUGACCAGUUUGCCUUGCGGUUGAGCGACGCGGAGCGCGACGCACUGUUCGGGACGUGCGAGAAACGCGAGAGCAUGGAACUUGCCAGGGAAACAACGCCUUGCAGAAACGAUGGUCCGUUCCCGCAGCGCUUCAACGGCACGGAAGAAUCAUGCGCGGCGCUGGGAUCGUGCAAACGGUGGUUUCGUGACCGGGCUUCUGCGUUCUCGACGUCCACAUCAACUGGCCAGUCUGAGACCAGGACCACCAACUACUACCACGUCGGGGAGGCUGUUUGCAUGCAAGAAGCCGCACGCUUCGAAGCGCCGGGUGGGCUCGGCAUUCCUGGUUUUGGCUAUGUUGGGACGUACUAUUGUCGCUGCGAGCCCGACUUCGAAGCUCUGAAGCGAACCUCCUACAUCGGCAGCGACGCGCUCGUGCAGCAGCUGAUCGACGACGCCGAGGAGUGCGCGGACCUCACCCCACAGAGCUGCCAGAGCGGACAGACGUACGCGUAUACCGUCACCCAGAGCGAGGUGUCCUCCGCCAGCUCCGGGUCACAGAACACGGGGGGAUCAACGCUGCAGACGACGGCGCCGCAGGACACCGCCGCUCCUGCUCAGGAGGCCCAGGCGCCCGGGACCACUACGCCUGCGGGCGUUUCUGGUCAGCAAGAAGCUUCUCCCACGGUGGCGGCGACCACAGCACCUGCCACUACUACCCCCGCGCCGACGGUGACCGAGUACACGGUCCAAUCGACGCUCAGCGUGACGUUCGACACCGCGCUGUCGGACGAGCAGGUGCUCGGCGCCCAGCGCAGCGUCGCCGAGAGCAUGGGGCUGACGUUCCCGAGCCCAGGCCUGGACAUUAUCUUCCAGCUUGCUGCCACGUCCGCGCGGCGGCUGCUGGCCACGGCGUACGACGUGACCGUCCGCUACACGACCAGGUCCGAGGACGCGUCCACGGCCGUCAAGGCGCGGCUGGAGGACCCCGCUGCGUCCGCGACGAUCGGCACGGCGCUGCAGACGGCCACGGGCGUGGCGGUGAGCGACGUCGCGGUGCGGUCGGUGAACGUGCAGCAGGUGGAGGUCUCGGGGCAGGGGGUCUUGGACUCGGCGGGCGCCGCGGCCUCGCUGGCGAUGUGGGCCAUGGUGGCCUGCGCGCUGGCGGCCGCGCUGCUGUAG